AUGAGAAGUGAAAGGGUCGUUGUACCUGGUGAUCUAAUAUGCUCCUCUGAUGCUAGCCGAAAAAGUGGCUUAUCUACAUAUGUUUGCUCUGGGAACAUCCUGUCAAGUGCUUUUGGAUUUGUCAAGGAAGAAUCGCAUGCCGAUGGAACAAAAACUUAUUCGGUAGACCCUCUGAAACCCGCUGGCAUAGUGCCUAACAUAGGCUCACUGGUAUUGGCAAAGGUCUCUAGUAUUACGUGGAGAUUCGUUCGCUGUGAUAUAGUUGCCGUUGGGGAUACUUGUCUUGCAGGACCGUUCAAAGGUCUUAUUAGACGAGAGGAUAUUCGUGCUACUCAGAGGGAUCAAGCGGAACCAGCUGAUUGUUUCAGACCAGGGGAUAUUGUCCGGGCUCGUGUAAUCAACCUUCUGGGACCCGGAGCAUAUGCAAAUGCUGGUUCAAUUAUGUCUAGUACUUCGUCCCAGACCUUAUCUACUUUGUUAUCUACUCAGGCUUUAUCUUGUUCUCUCGCUGCCACAAGUGACGCAAACUUGGGUGGAUCUAAUUCUGUAUGUCUUUUAUCUACUGCGGAACCGAAUUUGGGAGUUGUUCUUGGUCUUGGAAGGUCUCCUGAAAAUAAUUUGUUAGAACUUCUUGGCAGUACAAGUGGUUCUCCUCUUGUCCCUGUUGGAUGGACUGAAAUGUUGUGUCCCCAAACACUAGCUCGAUAUCAUCGAAAAGUCGCUCGUGUACCUGAUGAACUUGCUGGGGUUCGAACUACGGAACUAGCCGCUAUUCUUUGUGCGACCUUUGAAAAUGUUCAGGGAACUGUAAUAGCAUAUCAGUAUCCACCAAAUUAUGUCUCUCCUACUCAGUUUAAAGAAAUUGGAAAUGCUGUCAUUCCACGAGCUGAACUGGCCUUUCGAUUAGUCACUAUAGAAGCAUUUAAACACUAUGUUAUCGGUUGUUUACAACGCAUUGAAGGUGUUCAGUAUAAAAGGAAUACCUUGCAGUUUAACAUAUGUCUAGUAAUUAAGCCUAGAUCAACCCCAGACAGAGAUGAUAUAUCACAUUGGCAGUUCUGGGAUGAUCAAUCUGCUGGUGGCCUGAGACCCAAUGUUCAAGCAGCCUAUGAAGCUUUAACACUAAAGAUAAAUAGAUAUUUUUACUCUUUAGAAGAACAGUGUGCUUUCCUGUCUCGGGCUUUGGGACAUCAUGAUGGUGCAGUGAAUUCUGUUAAUUUGCCGUGUCUUGAUUCAAUUUAUAAACAGUUACACGAAUCAGGGAUGUGUAUCAUUUCAUUUCCGAAUUGCGGUUCUCUUUACUUACGUUUCAGUCCUCGACAAGAUCGAGGAUCAUAUAGUAACCUGUCGUUUGAUACAUCUGAACUUGUUCAUGAACAUAUUACAAACAGUGAUACUGAAUUGAAAUUUGAUCAAAAAAUUAGACAAAUCAAUCUGCAUUAUAAUAAUCAACUUGUUUUUCCUAAUUUCAAUCCUCAAACUGAAUCAGAAGUUACUGACGAUUGUGUAUUCGUUUUAAUCGCUUCACCGUCGUAUAAGUGUCAUUCAAAAUUAGGAUAUAAUAUGAGUGGUGGAUGGAGGCCUUUGGAUGCAGUUGCUCAGCGUAUUUUGCCUUAUAUUGAUGGUAAACGGCGUUUAAUGGAGUUAGCUCAUUUGGCUCAAUUGGAUGUCACUAUAGCUCGUUUAUGCUUAAUUGACCUUGCUCGAAUAGGAGUUGUACGUUCGUUACCAUAUCCCACAUUUUUGGUACCAUCUUUACAAGUUGAAAGAUUUUCUAAUAUGAAUCUUAUCCCCGGAUGGUUGGGUUUACCACGAUUAGCAACUUUACUUACAGAUUACAACCUUAGCAGAAUUUGCUUAGAAACGGUAGUACCACGUAAUCACCACCCUCAUAAACCAAAUGGCUUAUGUAUUCAUGAUAUAUUCCGUUUGUACACAGUGCUUUGUGCAUCUUCUAAUUUUAGUUUACCGUACUUAGUUUCAGCCAAUCCACAUAUUCGAUUUACUGAGUAUCCUAAUUGUAUGAAUUCUUCGUCUUCAUCUUCAUAUUAUUCUCUCCCACCGAUUCAACCAUCGAAAUUUUGUCCUUGUUAUACUUUUCAAUUUCAUAAACGUCAUCAUCGUCAUUGUUCUAAGAUUAGUCUACUAUCACUUGUACAGUUCGGUGAAGUUAACGGUUUAAUAAGACGAAUUCAGUGUUAUCCAAUCAGUGAUAAAUUAGCAAUACCUGAUGAACAAACUAGUAAUCAUCGACUACCGUCUGUUGCAUCAUUAUCAAAAGAAUCCUCCUCGGCAACUUCAGCAGUCAUAAUUACACCAAAUUCUAGUAUGAAUUCAACACUACGUCAGAUAAAAACUCAUUCAAAUUCUUUACGACAUAAUCCAAGUAAAUUUAGUAAAAAACCAAAAAUAAUCAAUGAACAAAUGUGGUCUACGGCAAAAUCUAUGCUAAUGGAUGGUCAGCAUAGUUUAGACUCAAUUAUCACCUUUAUGGUAAUGAAUAAUGACAGUUCAGUAGAAUCUCCACCAACUGUACAUAAAAUACCAGAGCAUAUAACUGAAAUAUCUCAAUUAUACCGUUUUGAUGAGUGUCUGAGUGGACAAAUGCCUCAUAAUGAUCAUGAUAUUUCUCAGAUAAAUAGAAGCAAACUGUCGAACAGCUUUAGUUUUAGUCCUGAUGAUACAAUCGUUAAUAAUAACAGUCAAAUUGUUGAAGAAAUAAUUGCGCAUGAUCGAAUAUUAGACAACAGAUUAUGGUCUAAACCAGAGGAUUGCAUGACUGCAUUUAUAGGCCCACUGGAUCUAGACAAAACACACUUGACAUUACCAGAUCUGUACUGGAUGUGGCGUUGA